GGGAGCAUCGCUGGGAGUGUGAUUUGUGGGCAUUGGUCUGAUCGGGUGCUUGCAAAGAUGAUGGAAGCGAAUGGAGGAAAGUGGUGUGCAGAAAUACGUUUGGAGAGCUCAUUAUUGGGGAUGCCGUGGCUACCUCCGGCUGUUAUCAGUUAUGCUUGGGUGUGCAAAAAGCAUGUCAAUGUUGCUGUCAUUUGUGUCAUGCUCAUUCUGAUUGGAUUUUCCUCCACGUCGGUGCACCGGUUAUUCAUUGUCAUCGUUGUUCUGACAUCUACUUCCAGAUGAAUGUCUACUAGCUUGUUGGCAUACCUUGUUGAUGCCAACCUUGGUCGCUCGUGUACAGCAGUGGCUACAAAC